AUGGCCCCCCUCGCGCGCGCCGUCUCAAAUCACCACCUACAGCACCAGCACCAGCACUACCGCACAAACGGCACCCCGAUUCCUACGAACGGCGCUCCGACCGCCCUCCCUCCGGCGCCGCCGCCGCACGUAAACGCGGAUACAGACGACACCGCCUCCGGCCUGCCGCCUCCCUACAACCCGGACCUCGUCUCAUCCUCCCUUCUCGAACCCCGCAUCGCCGUCGUCCUCAAUGUCCCGAAACCAUGGCGGCCCUGGCUCUUCGCCUGCCGCCUCCUCUCCAUCGGCCCGGCAAUCUUCUGGGCUCUGCAGCCCGCCCUGACUCUCCUCGUCCAAAUCAUACCCGUUGCCGUCCCGGGGGGCAAGAAGGCCAUUGAUGCCGCUGCCGCCGCCGCCUCUGGAGUCGGCGUCGGCGGUGUGGUUGGCGGCGGGUUCGCGGGCAGCACGUGCCCCCCGCCCAAUUGGCCCCCCGGACACCCCGAGAUCCCAUUCCCGUGGACCGAGAUGUCACUGGGGCUCAUGUGGUGCGGAGCUUCCGCGUACCUCUCCUUCUUUUUUAUAGACUGCUUGAUGUCACGAUGGCUCAUCAACUACACCCCGCAAGCGACAAUCAUCCGCCUUCUGACGAUCAACUCCACAAACGCUUUCCUCACCGAACGAAUCCUCACAUUCUCCGGCGGCUUCGAGGACCCAAGACUCCUUCUCCCAGGCUGGGUCACCAUAGCCACGACCCUCACAAUAGCAUACCACAUAACCCAACGAAGCAUAAACAUCCAAAAAGAAACCUCCACCUCUAUCAACAUCUUCUCCAUUGCCAGCUUCAUCAGCAUGAUUUCCCUCCUUGCCCACCUCCACUAUAACGGCUCAGACUAUCCCGAGAAACCCUUUGAGUCCCUGGCCAGGUUCCUGCUGCAGCAAUUUGAACGUCUCACCGGCGAGGCUAUCCUGCCUUCGUACUCGCCUUCGCAUAAUGAGUUGUAA